AUGGACGCCGCCGCCAAGGAGGCGCUGAUCCUGGACCUGCACGCGGUGGAGGCCGUGAAGCUGGGCACCUUCGUGCUAAAAUCCGGGAUCACCUCCCCGAUCUACCUGGACCUACGCGUGCUCGUGUCCCACCCGCGGCUGCUCGCCUCCGUCGCGUCCCUCCUCGGCUCCCUCCCCGCCACGCGCCCCUACGACCUCCUCUGCGGCGUCCCCUACACGGCGCUGCCGUUCGCGGCCGCGCUCUCUGUCGCCGCCUCCGUGCCCAUGCUCCUGAGCCGCUACGACACCAAGGGCGUCGAGGGCGCCUUCCGCGCCGGCGGCGGCCAGACCGUGCUCAUCGUCGAGGACCUCGUCACCAGCGGCGCGUCCGUGCUCGAGACCGUGGGCCCGCUCCGCGCCGAGGGGCUCGUGGUCGCCGACGCCGUCGUCGUCAUCGACCGCGAGCAAGGUGGGCGGGAGAACCUCGCCGCCAACGGGGUCGCGCUGCACUCGCUCAUGACCCUCACGGAGAUGCUCGCCGUUCUGGUGAGGCACGGGAGGGUGGGCGAGGAGAAGGUCGCCGAGGUCAAGCGGUUCCUCGACGCCAACAGGAAGGUGGCGGUGCCUGCUGGACCGCCCAAGCCGCCGGCUACUGCUAGGAGGAAGUCGUUUGCGGAGAGGGCAGGGAUGGCCACGAACCCCAUGGGGAGGAAGCUGUUCGAGGUGAUGGAGGCGAAGCAGAGCAACUUGUGCGUUGCGGCGGAUGUUGGGACAGCCAAGGAGCUACUUGAGCUUGCUGACAAGGUUGGCCCAGAGAUUUGUAUGUUGAAAACUCAUGUUGAUAUCUUGUCUGAUUUUACACCAGAUUUUGGGCCCAAGCUUCGCACAAUUGCUGGGAAGCACAACUUUCUGAUCUUUGAAGACCGCAAGUUUGCUGACAUUGGGAACACAGUAAUUAUGCAAUCUGAAGGAGGUAUAUUCCGCAUAUUAGACUGGGCGGAUAUUAUUAAUGCUCAUAUAGUUCCUGGACCUGGGAUUGUAGAUGGUUUGAAGCUGAAGGGUUUGCCUAAAGGAAGGGGCCUACUUUUGCUUGCUGAAAUGAGCUCAGCUGGCAACCUUGCUUAUGGAGACUACACUGCUGCGGCUGUAAAGAUUGCCGAGCAACAUCCUGACUUUGUAAUAGGAUUUAUAUCAGUGAAUCCUGCAUCUUGGUCACUAGCACCAUCGAGCCCAGCGUUUAUCCAUGCCACUCCUGGAGUUCAGAUGGCUGCUGGAGGAGAUGCCCUUGGGCAACAAUAUAACACUCCCUUUUCUUGGUGCAGUGCUGCAAACAAACAUCAACAUAACUUCCGUAUUUCUGGUUUAUUAAAAGAAUAG